AUGGAGAGUCACCAACACUACAUUGCUGAUCAGGAUGCAGAUCAAGCAGGCAAUAAUCCCCCUCCGCUUCCUGACACACCAGAUGUUGUAGCUUCCAACAGCGUUUCAGUACCAGUGCCCGCAUACCGAGAAAUUCAAGCACAAGCCCAGCAUAUGGAGAAUGUUCGAGAACAACUGAGGCGAUCUUGGGCUAACCAGAUGCAAGAAUUGACGCGUGCAGACCUCAAGAAGCACAGCCUCCCGCUUGCUCCUGUUAAGAGAAUCAUGAAAGCUGAUAACGAUAUUAGGAUGAUCGCGCAUGAAGCUUUACCAUUAUUUGCUAAAGCAUGUGAGAUGUUCAUAGUUGAUAUGACAUCACAGGCCUGGAUUGUCACAGAAGAGGACAAGAGAAGGACUGUCCAGAAAAGUGAUAUCGUUGAAGCAGUUCUUAAAACAAAUAUGUUUGAUUUUCUUGACAACAUAAUUCCAAGAGAUGAAGUGAAGGAAAGAAUUCUCAAAGCCAAAAAUGCGAGACAAGGGGCAAGUUCAUCUACUAAUAGUGGAACUCAAGCCUCAGUCCCAGCAAAACCAGGAGAUGCCGUUUAUUCCCUGGCCACAGGCUCAGCAGAUCCCGGGGCAGCAUCUGCCAGUUAUUCCCUGGCCACAAGCUCAGCAGCAUCUGUACCAGCAGCCCCCGUUUAUUCCCUGGCCACAGACUCAGCAGCCCAGGAGCAGCAUCUGCCAAUUAUUCCCUGGCCACAAGCCCAGCAGCAUCUGUACCAGCAGCCCCCGUUUAUUCCCUGGCCACAGAUUCAGCAGAUCCCGGAACAACAUCUGUCAUUUAAUGCCUGGCCACAAGCUCAGCAGCUUCUGGGCCAACAGACCCCGGAGCAGCCUCUUAUAUCUUUUACUCAAGCUGAGAACACUACUGACCAGCAAAAUUUAGAGCAGUCAUCGCUUCAAGCUGAGCAGCAACAGGACCAGCAGAAUUAG